CCCUCAGCCGGCCGGGCGAGUGAGGGCCUCGGGGCGGCGGCGGCGGACGCAGCCUGAGGGAGCGGCGGGCGGGGCGGCGCCUGGCCCGGCAGGGCCGCGCCGGCUGAGGGGCGUCCAUGGCGCGCUGGCCCCGGCGGGGCGCGGCCGCGGCCUGAGGACGGCCAUGUCCGGGGUGGUGCGGACCCUCAGCCGCUGCUUGCUGCCGGCCGAGGCCGGAGCCCGCGAGCGCAGGGCGGGCGCGGCGCGCGACGCGGAGCGCGAGGCCCGACGGCGCAGCCGCGACAUCGACGCCCUGCUGGCCCGCGAGCGGCGCGCGGUGCGGCGGCUGGUCAAGAUCCUGCUGCUGGGCGCCGGCGAGAGCGGCAAGUCCACCUUCCUCAAGCAGAUGCGUAUCAUCCACGGCCGGGAGUUCGACCAGAAGGCGCUGCUGGAGUUCCGCGACACCAUCUUCGACAACAUCCUUAAGGGCUCAAGGGUGCUUGUGGACGCUCGGGACAAGCUGGGCAUUCCCUGGCAGCACUCUGAGAACGAGAAGCACGGGAUGUUUCUGAUGGCCUUCGAGAACAAAGCAGGCCUGCCUGUGGAGCCUGCCACCUUCCAGCUCUAUGUGCCAGCGCUGAGUGCACUCUGGAGAGACUCCGGGAUCAGAGAAGCCUUCAGCCGCAGAAGCGAGUUCCAGCUGGGUGAAUCAGUGAAGUACUUCCUGGAUAACUUAGACCGGAUUGGCCAGCUGAACUACUUCCCCAGUAAACAAGACAUCCUGCUGGCUAGAAAGGCCACCAAGGGCAUCGUGGAACAUGACUUCGUUAUAAAGAAAAUCCCAUUUAAGAUGGUGGAUGUGGGCGGCCAGAGGUCGCAGCGCCAGAAGUGGUUCCAGUGCUUCGAUGGGAUCACAUCCAUCCUGUUCAUGGUGUCCUCGAGUGAGUACGACCAGGUCCUCAUGGAGGACAGGCGCACCAACCGCCUGGUGGAGUCCAUGAACAUCUUCGAGACCAUCGUCAACAACAAGCUCUUCUUCAACGUCUCCAUCAUCCUCUUCCUCAACAAGAUGGACCUCCUGGUGGAGAAGGUGAAGUCGGUGAGCAUUAAGAAGCACUUCCCAGAUUUCAAGGGCGACCCGCACCGGCUGGAGGACGUGCAGCGCUACCUGGUGCAGUGCUUCGACAGGAAGCGCAGGAACCGCAGCAAGCCCCUGUUCCACCACUUCACCACCGCCAUAGACACCGAGAACAUCCGCUUCGUGUUUCAUGCUGUGAAGGACACGAUCCUGCAGGAGAACCUGAAAGACAUCAUGCUGCAGUGAGAGACAGCCCCUCUGCCGUCCUCUCGUGGCCUCCGUGGCCCAUGGCCACGUGUCUCUGGUGUGUCUGCCUCCUGCAUGGACCUGCAGUGGGCAUCUCGAAUCCACACCAUCCAAUACCUGGCUCAAGAACGCUGGACUACCAGCCACACCAGCGAGCUCCGGGCAAGAGGACGUGGGAGUGUCAGUGCUAGCUACUGAAUCGGGGACUGCAAAACUACUGAAUCCACGCCAUCGCUCUGGUGUUGAUCUGUAAAACCUGGGAACACAGCUUUCUCCCUCCCUACAGGAACUCCUCCUUGCUGACACAACUUAAUCAAGGUUUAGGUGUGCACAGACACACACAUGUGCUCCCAUUAAUGACAGGAACACAACCCCAGCUGGCCUUGCAGACGGCUCUUCCCUCUGACAUGCAGGUUCUCACUGAGACACACUAACUCAGAAGCUUGGCCUCACAUUAGGCCGUAGAGGGGCACUCGAUGCUGCUAAGCUCAGAGUGGCCAAGCUCAGGCCUCAGUGCCACCUCCCAAAGUGAACACACUGCCUUUAAAAUUGUGCCAACGCCCUCUGAGUCCCUGCGCUGAGGCAUAUCAGGAUGAGCUGAGAGGCCGUGUCAGGGGUCCACACUCCCUACUGUAGAGAACAGGAGGGAGCUGUGACCCUGCCUUAGUGCCUCGGUAGCCACUCACCGUGGCUCCAUGCCCAGCAGGCCACAGUGUGGGAAGGUGGCUUCUGAAGCAGCUCUGGCCAGCCUGUGCACACAUAGUGGUGCUCUCCACUCCUUUGCCUGUCCCUCCACAGCCCAUGGCAAAGAUGCAUAACCAAGUGGCCUUGUAGGUUGCCUUACUUAACGGUGGCAUGUAGUGUCCCCUGUCCUGGGCUCUGAAAGUGGCCAGAGAUGCUCUGUAGGUCUAGAGCAUCUUCAGUCUUGGCUGCUUGGUGGGCCCCAGCCACUGGCCCUUCAGGAGCAGCCCUGGGCUCUGCACACCACCCUCACCAUUGCCUUCACACAGCGCACUCUGCUCUCAGAGCGGCUGGCAGGCCACGGCCUGUCGCUGUGCACACAAAGCCAGUCGGCACCCUCCUAGCCCUGGUCCAUGAGGGUUCAGAAGGCUGGGGACAUCAGCACAACCUGCUAAGCCUCAGCCUGGCCUGGCAGGCGUCGCACUGUUUUACAAUAUAUUGCAUUCCAGACCUGCCCCUCUGUACAUUAAUUACUUUCUGGGAGCUGGGGUGUGGCUUAUAACUUCCCCAGAGUGUUCUUUGGCUCACUAACACAUCUAAGGGCCCUGUCUGCAACCGAACUGCUCCUGACACUUGAGCCCUAUUGCAUCCUGGUCUUGGCUCAUUUCAGCCACCAGACACACAGGAUUCUUGGAGCAGAUGCUAAGCCAGGAGACGGAUGAGACCGCUUCUUAGAGCCUUCCUUACUGCAGCGCUCUGACUAGGAAGUAGCAGCCAGUCUCUCGCUCACCUGCUCUUGCUCUCUGUGCUCAACGAUUUAUAGCAGUGCUUGCUGAGCUUCUGGCUCUUUCCUUUGGGGAGAGAACAGCUGUCUGCCUGCUUCAGCAAGCCUCCACAAUCCGAGGGGAUGUGGCCAGGUUAGUACCAGGGACCAGCAACCUUUCAGGGAUCCUCGGGGGUCUCAGGUCACACACAGUGUGCUCACCAGGUGCCCCCUGUCAGUGCUGAGACUCCAAACAGACACAACCUGUUCCGAGCGACUGCUGGGGCCACUGUGACCGAGGUGAGUGUGGGGUUGCCAGGGAGAGUGCUGUCCCUCCGACAGCCUGACCAUGUGUACCAGUCACUGAAAGCCGGCAGCAUGUGAGUAGCAAGAUGUGAACCUCAGCCAAGCAGAACGCAGGUGAGUGGGCGGAGGCCACCACCCCGGGAGCUGAGCCUGGCCGAGUCCUCUGCAGGACACCCCACUCUGUGAUCUGUGAAGUGGUGCAGUCGGAAGACGAGCUGGAGGCCUUCACACGUCCUACACGUAGACUAGUCAGGUUUGCUCCCGGAUCGUAGGCUUUUGUAUUUGUUUUUUAAUUUUAAUUUCACUGUUACCCUUGACUAUUGUUCUUUUUGUUGCAGUGUUGGAAAAGCAGGAGGUAUUUGUGCCUCAUCUAUUACUGCAAAAAAUAAAUAAAUAAAUAAAUGUAACAAUAAACGUCCUAAAAAUCA